UCAGUUCGCCGAUGUUUGUUAGCAAGACCGCUGCCAUUUGAAUAAUUCAACUGCUAUUAGCGACUUGUUCGGUUGUUUAAGACGCUUUAGGCGUCAGCAGCCAGGGUUUAGUGAGUUUAAAUGGACACGUACAGAAUGCCAUUAAAGUGUAAAACCACAGAGCUUAUGGUGGAAUUCUAAGUAUUUGACAAUUAAGCUUUUCGUAUCGUACCGUGUGCUACAAGCUGACUAGUCUUGCAGGUUUUCUGACAUCUGAUAGUUUGAGGGUUGCUAACUGGAGCCUUCAACUCUGACAUUUAUAGGGCAGCAUGCUAGAGCAGUGAAACUGAGCAAGCUGGGCUGUAGCUCCUGCACCUGACCUGGUCAGCACCGUGGCAAUUUUUUUGACCUGAAGAAAAGAAACUGCAGAUAGUCAGCUGCCUUAAAGUUCCUGUCCUCCGUCCCGGUGUCCCCAAGCAGCAGCCUCACAGAUAGGCAAAGCUACCAGCCAGCACGGAGCCUGCUGCAGAGCGUCACCUCAUGGAGAAUAUUUUAUCCCAUGCUACAUCUUAUUUUAGACCUCCUGCUGCAAACAACCCUUUACCAGUAGUGUCAGCAUCUAGCUGAUUCCAGAGGGCCCAGAAACAAGACUCCACUGAAGAAAAAAUAUUAUUAUUAUAAUUAUUUGCAUUGACUGUAAUCAUGGGGGCUACAGGCUACGGCUACUAUCGUUUAGUCAUCUUCAUUUGCAUGUUCAUCGGCUACUCGCUCUAUUUCUUUAACAGAAAGACCUUCUCAUUUGUCAUGCCCUCUGUGAUGGAGGAGAUAGAACUGGACAAAGAUGAUCUGGGUCUGAUCACCAGCAGCCAGACUAUGGCCUAUGCCAUCAGUAAGUUCAUCAGCGGCGUGCUGUCAGAUAAGAUCAGCGCCCGCUGGCUUUUCUCCAUUGGCCUUUUCCUGGUAGGGGGCAUCAAUGUGGUCUUCUCCUGGUCCUCUACUGUAUCCAUGUUCUCUCUGCUGUGGUUCAUCAACGGCCUGGGACAAGGCUGUGGCUGGCCCCCAUGUGGGAAAGUGCUCCGCAAGUGGUAUGAGCCUUCCCAGUUUGGAACAUGGUGGUCUGUCCUGUCCUGCAGCAUGAACCUGGCUGGGAGUCUGGGUCCAAUCUUGGUCUCAGUGCUGCUGCAUUACUACGACUGGAGGACCAUCCUGACCAUGUCGGGCAUUUUCUGUGCUGCCUUCUCAUUUGUUUGUCUAGUGUUUGUAAAGAAUGAGCCAAAGGAUGUGGGCCUGCCCAGCAUGGAGGCAGCAGCCAAGAAGGGAGCGAAAGGAGGAAGCAGUGAAAGCACCCUGAGUGAAUUCCUCCUGUCUCCUUUCCUGUGGGUGCUGUCUCUGGGUUACUUGGUGGUGUUUGGAGUGAAGACGGCUGCCACCGACUGGGGACAGCUGUUCCUCAUGCAGGAGAAAGGCCAGACUGCUCUCAUGGGCAGUACCUACAUGAGUGCCUUGGAGGUUGGAGGCUUUGUGGGCAGCCUUACGUCAGGCUUCAUUUCAGACAGAGCUGUGGCUCGGAAAGGCUUGGGCACCCAUGGCAACCCUCGCCAUGGCCUGCUUAUUGUCAUGAUGGCUGGCAUGUAUGUGUCAAUGUACCUCUUCAGAGUGACCAUCACACCUGAAAUCCCAAAGGAGCCUCCACUUUGGGUCCAAGUCAUUCAUCCUGUAUCCGUCCUCAUUGGUGUGUCAGAGAAAGAGAUUUGGAUCCUCUUGCUUGGUGCCAUGUUUGGAUUUUCUUCUUAUGGACCAGUCGCCCUGUUCGGGGUGAUAGCCAGUGAAAGUGCUCCUUCAAACUUCUGUGGAACAUCUCAUGCUGUUGUAGCUCUAAUGGCUAACGUGGGAGCUUUCAUGGCAGGGCUGCCCUUCAGCACUAUUGCCAAGCAGCACAGCUGGGACGUGGCGUUCUGGUUAGCUGAGGUGAUAAUGGGCGUCACCACCAUCGGAUUCUUCCUUGUACGUAACAUGCGCACCAAAAUGGGACGGAUCACAGAGAAAGUGGACUAAAGUCCCUGUUGGUACUGCUGGUGACUCUAUAUGCAAAAUACUGCACAUUAAUACAGAUCCAGCUUGACCAGCCAAAACAAGACUAAUCAUGAAAUCUUUGACGGCAUCCUCAGGGCUGAUGCAGAUCAUGGAAUCACUUAUUUAGUCCCAGGUAAUCCCACAUGCAUGGAUUAAUAUUAAAGUGCACAAAGGUCCUGUAGAUCCAUGCUCAUCAAAAGCUUCUGUUUUAACACUUCAACUUAAUCAGCCAAUCAAUAGAAAAAGUUUCUCAUAUCGAUGUGCUUACAAAUGGUCUAAAGAUGUAUGUUUCAGAAAACAUACCGACACCAAAGUAUCAAAAGCUGUGAGUCGGUUUUCUUGAGUUGAACCGUAUGUAGAGCCCAUUUUCACAUCCUGCCUACAGUGCAGGUCGUUUCUGUUUAACACAGUGAAUGUUGACUGAAGGGUCUGUACAUUAAAGGUAACAUUGUUCACUUAUACCUCAAGUAUUUGUAAAACUUCUUUUCAUUAACAUGUUCACUGACAUGAAGCAUUUGGAGACCGUAUUUUUCUAUACAGUCGUUUGCUGAAUGAUAGUUUGUUCUCUGGUUAUGUCAGCUUUUCUGAUCUGGCAUGUUUAUUUAUUUAUUUAUUUUUAGAACAGAUAAAUACAGAUGAUAAUGUCACUGCCAUUGUAGUUUUGUGGAGCAGAUUUCUUAAUUUUUGGGAUAAACAAAGUACAUAUCAUCUGGACUAUAAACUGUUAAUAAAAUCUCUCGACCACCUGAUCUUUGUCAACUGAAAGGUUACAGCACGUGUUGCUUUGCCAUGUCUUACUGGAGUUGUGCUGGUUUUCAAAGAGGUAAAGAUCUAAUAAAAGCUUCACUUUCUUUAUCUA